AACGCCCAAGCCAGCUACGAUUUCAGCAGCAACGAUCCCUAUCCAUACCCACGCUAUACUGAUGACUGGUUUAACAGUCAUGGAACCCGGUGCGCUGGAGAAGUCUCUGCUGCAGCAAACAACAACAUCUGUGGAGUCGGAGUGGCCUAUAAUUCAAAGGUGGCAGGUAUCCGGAUGCUGGAUCAGCCCUUUAUGACAGACAUCAUUGAAGCUUCUUCCAUCAGUCACAUGCCCCAAGUCAUAGAUAUAUACAGUGCCAGCUGGGGCCCCACUGACAAUGGUAAGACUGUGGAUGGACCAAGAGAACUCACCUUACAAGCCAUGGCAGAUGGGGUCAACAAGGGCCGUGGUGGAAAGGGAAGCAUCUAUGUGUGGGCCUCUGGAGACGGCGGAAGUUACGAUGACUGCAACUGCGAUGGCUACGCGUCUAGCAUGUGGACCAUUUCCAUCAACUCGGCGAUAAAUGACGGCCGGACUGCUUUAUAUGACGAAAGCUGCUCCUCUACUUUGGCCUCCACAUUUAGCAACGGGAGAAAGAGAAAUCCUGAAGCUGGUGUGGCGACGACAGAUUUAUACGGCAACUGUACGCUGCGUCACUCCGGAACAUCUGCAGCUGCACCGGAGGCGGCUGGAGUGUUUGCGCUUGCGCUGGAGGCAAACGUGGAUCUGACGUGGAGGGACAUGCAGCAUCUGACAGUCCUCACUUCCAAGAGGAAUCAGCUCCACGACGAAGUCCACCAGUGGCGAAGAAACGGGGUCGGCCUGGAGUUCAACCACUUGUUCGGCUAUGGUGUCCUCGACGCUGGGGCGAUGGUCAAGAUGGCCAAAGACUGGAAAACUGUUCCAGAGAGGUUUCACUGCGUUGGUGGCUCGAUACAAGAGCCUCGGAAAAUACCAUCCAACGGCAAGUUGGUUCUGACACUCACAACUGACGCUUGCGAGGGGAAGGAGAACUUUGUCCGUUAUCUGGAACACGUUCAGGCAGUGAUCACCGUGAACUCCACCAGAAGGGGGGAUCUGAACAUCAACAUGACGUCCCCGAUGGGAACGAAAUCUAUUUUGCUGAGUCGACGUCCGAGGGAUGAUGACUCCAAAGUGGGCUUUGACAAAUGGCCUUUCAUGACGACGCAUUCUUGGGGAGAAGACCCCAGAGGUACUUGGGUCCUUGAAGUCGGGUUUGUUGGUAUCAUGCCUCAGAAGGGAGUCCUGAAAGAGUGGACAUUAAUGCUACACGGGACUCAAAGUGCACCCUAUAUAGACCAAAUAGUAAAAGAUUACCAGUCUAAAUUGGCCAUGUCCAAGAAGGAGGAGUUGGAAGAAGAAUUAGAUGAAGCCGUGGAAAGAAGUUUGAAAAGUAUAUUCAGCAAGAACUAGCACCGUUUUGCAUGUUGGCCUCCUUUCCCCAUUUCCUUUCUUAAACCUCUCUGUUGGGCACACGCCGGUAAUUGUCUCUAGUUCAUUAUCCUGAGUUUCUGAUUUUACAAUUGUCCAUGUUGUCUUAUUUAAUUACAAUGGAAACUUUUGAAUCCUGAGCCACAAAUAUAUUAUAUU